GUCCAGGUCCUCUUCCAGCAGUCGGACCAUUAGUACACCUGUGGUAUCACUUCCAGUACCUCGACGCUUGGAUUAAAAAAAAAAAAGUGAAAUCAAAUCAAUCAAAUAUGACCGAAGGCACUUGGAAUCAGAGCGCCGGUGCGACAUAGACGCAUGGUUCAGGACAAAGAGGAGUCUUGCUCGACAUUACGAUGCAUCUCACGGCGGUGGUCUUAAUUCUGGUCGUGACAGGCAUCGCCAAAGGCUGGGAAUGCAACGCAGGGUGCAACACAGAAAAUGGGUUUUGUGAGAAGCCAGGGAAGUGCAGGUGCAAACCAGGAUGGCAAGGAAAGAACUGUGACCAAUGCGUGCCCUUCCCUGGCUGUCUGCACGGCACAUGUGAGAAGGCAUGGCAGUGUAUCUGCGAGGAGGGCUGGGUGGGCAGCCUGUGUGACCAAGAUACUCGCCUGUGCUCAUCCAGGCCUUGUGCUGGUAAUGCCACCUGCAUAGAGACAGGAGAGGGGGGAUACCUCUGCAUCUGUCCCCACGGCUACGCGGGGGAAAGCUGCCACCUGAAGAAUGGACUUUGUCUCGCAAACGGCUCUCCUUGUCAGAAUGGAGGCACAUGUACGGAUGCCGAUGGCUCAGCAGCUUACUCUUCUUGUUUAUGUCCCCCUGGAUUUUCUGGAGACUACUGUGAGAUCAGCGUUGACAGCUGCCAGCCUAACCCCUGCCUCAACGGUGGCAACUGUACAAACCACGGCCUGGCCUUCACAUGUGUCUGUCCGCACGGCUUCACUGGUUUCACUUGUAAUGACACCACCAGCCUCUCGCCUUGCGCCGGCAGGCCCUGCGCCAACAGGGGCACGUGUGUUGGUCAACCUGAUGGAACCUUCCGGUGCAUUUGCCAGAAAUGGUUUACAGGCCCCACAUGUUCCCUGCAGCACAGGCCGAAGGCCAGGUCCAAGCCGGUCAGUGCCAGGCCUGUGGACCACAGGGUGUUUGCGCUCACUCCGCAGCACUACUCCCUCCCUGCUCACACCUUCCAUAAGCUUCUUAGACCGCCCGAGAGAGACUUGCUCAAGAUCACCCUGAAGGAGACAGUCCACUCCCCCGGCGUCCUCGUCACCCAUGGUCAACUUGUCUGCUUUGGCAUGCUGGCCCUGCUCACCUGCCUGGUCAUCCUGGGCACGACAGGCAUUGUGUUUUUUGGCCGCUGCGAGACGUGGGUGGCUAAUGCCAAGUACAGCCAGCUUGUUCGGCAGCAAAGGGAACACCUGCUGAGAGAAGCCGGCAGCACGAGCCAGGAAGAGCCAGAGCACUCAGUAAACAUCAUCCUGCCGGAGAAGAUUAGACUCACCAGCUUUGGGAGACACUACACCUCCAUCUGAUUAAAUUGUCUCUCCCUGUUCCCCUCUCCCCGUAGAAGGAGUUUAAUAUGAAUGUCUAAAAAUAGCAAGAAGCAAAUACUAUGACUGUUGUACAGUUGUGUUAAUAAAGUAAGAGACACUGGACUACACUGGAAUGUAUCUGAAUGUAUACUCUACUGGUCUAAGUGGACACCAUGACACUGGAUUGUAAAUUUACUUUUAAUCUUACAGUUGAAAAACUAGCCAUUAAAAAUGUAUGAAAUUGUAAUUCUUCCAGAUAGCAUCUUAAUGGCUGGUAAAAAGAUGUCAUUGUGUUGUAUUUUUUAAGGCCAUUUUUGACUUCACAACCAUGGUUCAUCUGCUUAGUUACACGUUGAUAUGAAAUACAGUAAUGGGAUUAAUAUUACAAAAGGAGAAAUAAAGUUGAUAUAAAAGCAACAACCAACAGAGCACAUAAAACCCAGACCACUUUCCUCUCAGUAUUUGUAAUUUAAGUAAAUAUUCGUACCAUUGAUUUUUAUUUUGUUAACGAAUUAUACUCAGAUUUUAUAACCACGACUUGAGCUGCAAUGAUUAAUCUAUAAAUUGACUGAGAGAAAAUUAAUCAGCAACUAUUUUGAUAAUAGCUUUAUCGUUCUAGUAAUUUUUCAAGCGAAAAUGCCAAUGAACAAGCUGCUCAAAUGCGAGUAUGCUUUUCUUUGUCUCGUGUGAUAAGACAAAUGUUAUGUUGGAUAUUUUAUCAUGCAUUUUUCACUUUAUUCUGACCAAAACCAUGAUCAAUUGAUCAAAUCAUCAGCAGAUUAAUAAACAAUUCAAAUAAUUGUUUGUUGCAGUGCUAACGAUCUCCGUAUUUUCUAACUAAUGUAAAAAUACAUAUUGUGAGUUUGUACAGUAUGUGCAGUUAAAUGUGUAAUAUGAUAUUACUACAUGACACCCAAACAGCUGUACUUUCAGAUCCUGCAGGUCAUAACUUUACAGAGCUUGAUACUCUUCAAGGUAUUACUGUACAGUUUGUACCUGGAGGUAGUUCUCUCUGCAGAUGUAUUACUUUAGAUGUUGAUGUUAAAGUUAUAUACGUAGAUGUACAUUCUGUUACAAAGACGGUUAUUUCACAGUUCCCCAAGAAAGGUCACUUUCUGUUUCCAUCAUCAUCUAUUUGUAUCCAAGCUAUGAAUAUCCCUAUUGAUCAGUUUCAUUUGCAGUCUCUGCAGAGAUUUUCUUAGCUUUUCCAACAUUGCUUCUCACUGCCAGUGUUGAAAUUUCGCAGGUCAUGCACCAUGGCGCACAGCCGAGCCCAGAAAUCAAUACUCUGACAUCUGUUAAAUGUUACUGGUUUGUCUCACCAUGCAUGAGAUGCCCACCCACUUCAAACAGAAGAGAAAAACAGUAAAGAUAGAGUUAACUAUAUGGAACAUAUUAGAUGUAAACUAUUCAAAUGUAUCAACUGCUGUCAUAAAGAUCAUUGUGGUUUUAGAGUGGGAGAUUUUUCCUCUACCAGCCCCCAUUCAGCCUGUAAAGAGAUUCUGUUAACGUGGUUGUUUACUUAUGAUUUAUUGUUUGAUUCCUUUUACUGUUUUUAUGGUUUUAUUUAUAACAAUUUAACAUUUAGGAAGCACUUUGUGACCUUGCUCCGUGAAAUAAACUUUGUGUUCAUCACAGUUCUGUGAUAGGGUGGAUAUCUUGAGCUUGUAACAUAACAGGUUGUGUAUUACGUUGUGCAUUAUGAUUUACAAGUGGCAUUUCUAGGGGACCAGUGAUUACAAUCGUGCAGUACUUAUAUAUUUGUUCGAGUCUGGGAUUAUUUGCUAUUGUACCUUGUAACAGAUAACGUUUUGUCUGCUUAUUGCU